AUGUCGAACCUCGACGAAGACUCCGUAGACGAGAUUCUCUACCUCGCGCGCGCCAACGAAGCCUCCGAACUCGAACAACUCCUCACAACGCUCUCGACACAGAUUUCGAAACCGAAGCACCAGAUAUUAGCAGAAGCGGUGGACUCGUACUCGCAGAAUACGGCGCUGCAUUAUGCCGCUGCCAACGGGCACAACGAUGUAAUCAAGCUUUUGAUUUUGAUAAGCACCACGAAACCCGCGCCUCUCCUGAAUCUCACAAACGCCUCCGGCAAUACACCCCUCCACUGGGCCAGUCUGAACGGGCAUCUGGAAGCAGUGAAGCUGCUAAUCGAAGCUGGCGGUGAUAUCACAAUCUUCAACAAGGCAGGCCAUGAUGCUGUAUUUGAGGCGGAAGUCAACGAAAAGAAGGAGGUUGUAGACUGGUUGCUUGGGCAUGUAGAGGCGCUGGAGAAGAGUGUUGGUGGUGGUGCGAGUAGUGGGGAGGGAAGUGCGGGAGCAGAGGAGAUGGUGUUUAAGGCGGGAGAUACGAGUGGGCCGAUGGAGGAUGUUACGGAGAAAAUGGCGGAGAUGAGUGCUAAGGAUAAGGAUACCCAGGAAAAGUGA